UUAAUUAUUAAAAAAUGGGUGUCCUGCAGUUGAUCAUCUGCAGUAGAUGGAAAUGAAUUUCCCCAGUAUAUCUGUAAUCGUUAAGAAUGAGAAUAGUGUGAUUGUCUAAUGUUUCAUUAAAAUGUUAACUUUCUUCAUAUAAUUUCCGUGAAUUGAUUUGACUUAUUAUUUAAAUAAUUAUUUACUUAAUUGAGUAAGGAAGAUGAGCUCCGACAAAGCAGCCACAAAAACUUCUCAUUAUCGCAGAAACGAACGCGAGGAAGCAGAUUUUGGGCCACCAAUGGAUCUGUCAUUUAAAAAAGCUACAAAUAUGGAUGAUCUGGCUAAGGAGACUGCACGUUCAAUACGAACAGGAAAAAUUCCAUUAAGGUCAUCGAAUAAAAGAUUCCUGACAAGUACAUUGUGGCUGAAUAAUAAUUCUUUGAGCUCCAUGUCAAAUUUGGAUAACUUGGUGAACCAGAUUCUAGACGAUUCAUCCAGACUAGCUUGGUUGGAUUUGUCCUUCAAUAAUCUGACUGAAAUAGGAGACGAAAUCACAGCUUUUCGGCAAUUGAAAAUUCUUUACUUGCAUGGCAAUCAGUUGGCAAACAUCGGACAGAUAACGAAGCUACGUAAGUUAAGAGUACUACGUAACCUGACUCUUCAUGGAAAUCCAAUAGAACAUGAAAACUCCUAUCGAGUCUUUGUCAUCAUGGCAUUGCCCCAACUCAAAAAACUCGAUUUUUCCACCAUAAUACCCGAGGAGAAGCUUAAAGCUGCGCCUCCUGGAUUCUUCAAAGUAAUAAGCUCCAAUAUUACAACAUAGGAUAUUUAUCCUCAAUUGGCUAUUUACAAUCUCAAAUAUUAUAGACGGGAGAACGAAUUAUCACGAAAUUUUUCUAUAUAUGUCCAGACAGACACGCACUCCCGCACGUUUUUAAAACUGUAAAAUUUUCAUUUCUUUCUCUUCACAACAAAUACUCAC